CCGGUUCCGGUAGUGUUGUAUUGUAUUCGGCGGGAUAGUAAGUGACUUACCAAUGGAUUUACUCUCUAUGGAUUGACUUCAUCUAGAAACCUUCAACUUUCAGUAAGCUGUUAAAAACAGGUUGCUCAUUAUGUUCCUCCAGAUAAUACAUGAUGAGUAACGUAACAAAAUGCAACUGAGCCUGAGCGAGGACAUUGCUAGUUAGCCAACAAGGUAGCGCUCACAUCUGGUGCUACCAGUAGUAACAGAGGCAGUUGUGAGCUGUCAACACAGGGAUCAUGUGCUCCUUGGCGUUCUUCCCCCCUCCGCUGUCCCCUGGAAAGAUCACUCUCUGCGAGACCAACAACGAGCUGGUGUCCACGGAGAGCUGUCAAAAACAGGACUAUGGUCCCUUGAGUCUUUACUUUCCCCGGGAGUCGCUGAAGCCACACAGUCGGACAGAGAACAGCAGCAAGGCGGCCUUCCUGCAGCACUCUGAGACACUGUGGAUCAGGAGCGCCACGUCAUGGCGGGAGGCAGGGCUCACCGGGCUUCUAGAAGAAAUCGUCAACUCAAGCACAGAGGCACCCAAGUGGCUCUCUGUGAGUUCGGGCUGUGUCCUGGCUCUGCUCCAGAGGGUCUCGUCCCUCCACGGCGCCCUGUUCCCCCACCUCAAGUUGAGCAGUGAGAACAUGAUUGCAGAGUUCUCCCAGGUGCUGAACUGGUCAGACUGUGCAGUGCGCGCCUUUGCCUGGCAUCCUCAUACAGAAAAGUUUGCUGUGGCUCUAUUGGACGAUUCAAUCAAGAUCUACAAUCCCAAGAGUGCCACGCCCCCCACCCUGAAGCACCGGCUGCAGAGGAGCGUGGCGAGCGUGCAGUGGAAGCCGCUGUGUGCGUCCGCGCUGGCGGUGGCCUGUCAGACCUGCCUGCUGGUCUGGCACGUGGACCCCUGCUCGCUGUCCAUCAGGCCGUCCUCUGGCUGUGCCCAGGUCCUGUCUCACCCGGGCCACUCCCCGGUCACCUCCAUCGCCUGGUCUCCCAGCGGCUCCCUCCUGGUGUCAGCCUCCCCCGUGGACACAUCCAUGAUGGUGUGGGACGUCGCGGCGGAGAGCAGCGUGCCCCUCCAGCGUGUGGGCGGGGGGGGGGUGUCCUUCCUGUCCUGGUCGCCCGACGGCAGCCACGUCCUGGCGGCCACGCCCGCUCCUCUCUUCAGGGUCUGGGAGACCAGGAUGUGGACGUGUGAGCGCUGGCCCUCUCUCAAGGGCCGCUGUGAGUCCGGCUGCUGGAGCCCUGACGGGAGCCGCCUGCUCUUCACCAUCCAGGGGGAGGCGGUCAUCUACUCCCUGACCUUCAGCGACACAACGGGAACUAUGAAGGGAUCGAAGGCAGCAGCGGUCGUGGCCGACCUAUCAGAGACGACCUUCACAACGCCCGCGGGUGACAUCAUUGUUGGCGGUGAGGUCCAGCUGCUGGCCUGGGACCCCAGAGGGGAGAGGCUCGCAGUACUGCUCAAAGGGGAUUCUGAAGCAGCAGCCCGGCCUGCUAUGAUAGCGGUGUUCAAGACCAGAAAUGAUCCUAUUUUUGAGCUCCUGCCAUGCGGUUUCAUCCAGGGAGAGCCGGGGGCCGAGCCCAGACUGAUGCAGUUCAGCCCAAACUUCCCUCACGGAGCCAUGCUCACCGUGUGUUGGUCCAACGGUAGGAUCACCCACGUGCCUUUCUAUUUCCUGAGUGCCGGCGUUCCCCACCUGGGUCUUAAUGGGAGUCCCGCGAUGCCACAGCCUGAGGAACGGCUCGUUGACCACGGCAACAGCACCCUGUUCACAGAGCUCUGCUCCUGACCACACACACACACACACACACACACACACACACACACACACACACACACACACACACACACACACACACACACACACACACACACACACCCCCUCCUUCCUGCCCAAUGCCAAACCGUUUAUAUACAGUGGUCAAUUCAUAAGAAUUUCUCAAGGCUCAUCCAUUUGUAUUCAAAUGUCACCUUGCAGUUUUUUGACUAUUAAUUUAGUUUGGCGAUAGUAAUAAAAUACAUUUUUGAAUUUGA